CGCUUCGCUCCCCCCGCGCGCUCCACUGUCCACACGCGACGCGAGCGCGCUCCCUCGCUCUCGCUCUCCCCAUGUCCGCCGCUUCCACCGCCACCCGCCUCCUCCUCCCGCGCCCGGCCGCCCCCUUCCGCUCCUUCCUCCCCUCCCGCCGCCGCGCGGUCCGCGCCAGCGCCGUCGCCGCUGGAGGCGGCGGCGGCGGGGGCAUCUCCGGCGGCAGUGGCGGGGGCGGGGGCGGCGCGAAGGAGCCGUCGCGGACGCUGUUCCCCGGCGGCUUCAAGCGGCCGGAGAUCCAGGUGCCCGCGCUCGUCCUCCGUGUCGGCGCCGAGGAGGCGCUGCGGUCCGGGGAUGAGGUGGCGGCCGCCGUGGCCCGGGGCGUGGGGAUCAUCGUGCUCGAGGCCGGGGAGGAGGGCGGCGGGCGCGCGUACGAGGCCGCGGUCGCGCUCAGGGCCGCCGUCGGGGACCGCGCGUACCUGCUGAUCGCGGAGCGCGUCGACGUCGCCUCCGCGGUCGGGGCGAGCGGCGUCGUGCUCGCGGACGACGGUAUUCCUGCUAUUGUUGCAAGGAGUAUGAUGAUGAAAUCAAAUGCUGACUCCAUAUAUCUCCCUAUCGUUGCUAGAACGAUAAGCUCAGCAAACUCUGCAAUAAGCGCUUCAAGUUCUGAAGGGGCUGAUUUUCUGAUUGUAAAUACUGGCAGUGAAGAUUUUGCUGAUGUUAUGAAUGGUGGUGUUGGUCAACAGGUGAAGAUUCCGAUUUUCUUGACGUUAAAUGUGCACAGUGGAUCAACUUAUUCUGACAUCACGUCCAGGUUGAUCCAAUCUGGUGUAUCUGGAGUUGUUACAUCCUUGGCUGGUAUCCAACACCUCACUGAUGAUCUUAUAGAAAGGGAUUUCUCAAAAGUGGAUGUCAUUGAGGAAGUCCCACAAGCCAGUAGCCCUUCUGCUAGCACAUUGGGAAAUGCAAAUAGUGCAACAGUCCUAACUCGUGAGAAGACCAAAGUUGCUGGAUUUACAAAAUUGGAUGAAAAAGUCAUGCAGUUGAUAGAGAGGGAGAAGCCUAUUUUGAGUGAAGCUGUUGCUGUUAUACGCAAGGCAGCACCAAUGAUGGAGGAAGUUGACCUUCUAGUUGAUGCUACUUCUCGUCUGAGUGAGCCAUUUUUGUUGGUUAUUGUGGGUGAAUUUAACUCAGGAAAAUCUACUUUUAUAAAUGCUCUACUUGGAAGGCAGUAUCUACAGGAAGGAGUUGUACCUACGACAAAUGAAAUCAUGCUACUAUCAUAUUCUGAGAUUGAUUCUGACAGCUUUGAAAGAUGUGAAAGGCACCCAGAUGGUCAAUUCAUGUGCUAUUUGUCUGUUCCUAUUUUAAAGGAAAUGAAUCUAGUCGAUACGCCUGGGACCAAUGUUAUUCUUCAGAGGCAACAACGACUUACUGAAGAAUAUGUGCCGCGAGCUGAUUUAAUACUCUUUGUACUAUCUUCGGAUAGACCAUUAACUGAAAGUGAGGUUGGAUUUCUUCAGUAUAUUCAGCAGUGGAAAAAGAAAGUUGUAUUUGUUCUAAACAAAUUGGACCUCUAUCGGAACAACAGUGAGCUUGAAGCAGCUACUGCAUUUGUCAAGGAAAAUGCGAAGAAAUUGCUUAACACAGAGAAUGUAACACUGUUCCCUGUAUCUUCACGCUUCGCUCUGGAAGCCAAGCUUUCAUAUUCCAAAAACAGUGGUGGCAAGCAUUUGAUGGAAGCUAUGUUUAGUGAUCCUAUAUGGAGAAGCAGCAAGUUCUGUGAACUUGAGGAUUACUUACUGAGCUUCUUAGAUAGUUCAACAGAAAAUGGAAAGGAAAGGGUCCGGUUGAAACUUGAAACACCAAUAGGCAUUGCUGAUCGUUUGCUAAUAUCAUGUCAAAGACUUGUGAAACUAGAAUAUGAAAAAGCUGUUGAUGACUUAACAUCCAUCAAGGAUCUAGUUUCUGGUGCAAAUAAUUAUGCUGCUAAGCUUGAGGCUGAUAGCAAUUCUUGGCAGAAGCAGAUUUCAUAUCUUAUUGAGAGAGCAAAAGGUCGAGCAGUAACACUUAUGGAAUCUAUCCUUCAAUUGUCAAACAUUGACCUUAUUUUUACGUACACGGUUAAAGGAAAAACAGGCAGUUCCCCCAGAGCCACGUCAUUUGUUCAGAAUGAUAUUCUGACUCCAGCAUUUGAUGAUGCCGUGAAUAUACUAGGUGAAUAUUCGACAUGGCUCAGUUCUAGCAAUACGCGUGAAGCAAAUUUGUAUUUGGAAUGUUUCCACAAAAGAUGGGCUGCAUUGGUUGCUCAGGAAGAAAGGGUCCUGCUAGAUCCAAAUGGACUUAUUAAUGAAGGGGAGAAACUCACUGUAAAGGCACUGGAUGGCUUCAACGCCAGUUCUACUGCUAAGAUUUUUGAAGAAGAAAUCCGAGAAGUGGCUUUUGGAACAUUUGGAGGGCUAGGCGUUGCUGGAUUGUCAGCUUCUCUUUUGACAUCUGUUUUGUCAAAUACGCUUGAAGAUCUUCUUGCUCUUGCACUUUGCUCAGCUGGCGGAUUUUUUGUUUUAUCAAGUUUCCCUGGUCGACGGAAGCAGGCAAUAGAAAAGGUUAACAAGGCCGCUGAUGAACUGUCUCGGAAAGUUGAUGAAGCUAUCCAAAAGGAUAUCUCACAGAGUGCUAAUAACCUAGUCCGCUUUGUUGAGGUUAUCAGCAAACCGUACCAGGAAGCAUGUCAGCAAAAAGUAGAUUGGUUGCAGGGCGUUCAGGGUGAAUUGUCAUCUGUUGAGCGUGAGCUCCAAACUUUGAAAGUUGAAAUCCAAAAUUUUCAUGGAUCAUGAGGUUUCACUUUUGUUUCUACAUUAUUUAUUUGCAAUUAAUUCUUUGGAUGGAUAUACUAAUCAAUUUUUUGUUGAUUCAUACUGUACUGUGAUGUUAACAUAGUAGCUAGUGCCUAUGUGGUAUAUGGUGAUCUGUAGUAUAUGUUGUAAAUCCAGAACAAGCAACAAACUGAAGUGAUAACUAGUCGCCCUGAGAA